AUGGGACAUAAGGAGCAUGGAGGGACUUGGCACAUGGAAGCAGCUCAACUGGAUACGCAAAGGAAGAAGGGAGAAGCCAUCUUGAAGACCAGCUCGACCGUCCACUCGACCAACCGGUCGAGUUCCUCAACUCGACCGGCCAAGCUUCAACUCGAUCGAGCUGGAAGUCAAAGUCAAACCCGAAAAAUAGGGGAAUGGAAACCCUUUGGGAAUGGACUCGGUCGAGCUAGGCAAACUCGACCGAUUGGUCAAGGAGAUGCUCCAAACCGCCACCAACAGAGACAAGGGAUUGUUCCACCACCAGUGCAGAACCACAACUUUGAGAUCAAGCUGGGAAUGAUCAACCUUGUCCAGAACAAGAUGUUCCAUGGAUUGCCAAGUGAAGACCCCAUUGACCACCUUGAUGAGUUUGAUAGGCUUUGUGAUUUGACAAAGAUCAAUGGUGUCUCUGAAGAUGCCAUCAAGCUGAGACUCUUUCCUAUGUCUCUAGCUGACAAAGCUCACCAAUGGGAGAAGAGCUUGCCCCAUGGCACAAUCACCACUUGGGAUGAAUGCAAGAAGGCCUUUCUUGCUAAGUUUUUCUCCACCGGUCGCACAGCCAAGCUUAGAGGAGAGAUAUCCAGCUUCAUCCAGCGAAACAAUGAGACAUUCGCAGAGGCUUGGGAGAGGUAUAGGGAGAUGCUAGACACAGCUAGCAAUGGGAACUUCCUCAACCAGGAUGUAGAUGAUGGCUGGCAACUUGUGGAGAACAUAGCUAACUCAAAUGGAAGCUAUGGAGAAGAGUAUGAUCGCACCAACCGGAGCUCGACCCACCACUCGAUCGAGUCAGACGAAAAGUUGAGAAAAGAUGUUAAGGCAUUGAAUGAGAAGUUGGAUAAGCUGAUCCUAGCUCAGUCCACAAUGAAGAAAGUCAACUUUGUGUCUGCUGAGGAGAUGGAACCAGUCCAAGAAGGGGAGGAUACACAAUUUGCUGAGGUGUGCUACAUGAGCAAUGGGCAAGGAGGUUACAACAAAGGAUACUAUAACUACAAGUCCAACCCUGCCAUGUCAUACCGCAACACUGAUGUUGCUAACCCUCAGGACCAAGUCUAUCCUCAACAACAAGCAGCUCGAUCGAGUCAAGGGCCACAACAUGGGUAUGGUCAAAAGAACAAUUACCAAGGACCACAAGGCACUUUCCCUGGACAACAAAUGAAUAUCCCACCAGGCUUCCCCCACCAACCGCCCCAGCCUGCACCUUCACAAGAGAAUGAGCUCAAAGCAAUGCUAAAGCAACUACUUCAAGGGCAAGCUGAUGGGGUAGUGGACACAAGCAAGAAGCUAGCUGAAAUAAACUCUAAGAUCGAGAACCUCAACACAAGGGUUUACUCUCUGGAGAAUCAUGCUUCUUCUGUUGCUGCUGCUACAAAGCAAGGACAACUACCUGGUAAAGCUAUUCAGAACCCCAAGGAACAGUGCAAGGUCAUCUUCACUCAAGAAGGACUUGUUGAAGAAGAGGAUCAAGAAAGGGUCAUUGAAGAUUUUUGUUUACUGCUGAAUGAUGAAGAGAUUGUUGCUGCUGAGGCUCCUGGAGUCCAGAUUGAUCAACCAGAAGUGCAUGCACCUACUGUGGCCAUUCACACUUCACCAGUUGAGCUCGCACGACAAGCUCGAUCGGCAGCUCGAUCGAGUCCAACUCUAGCUCGAUCGAGUCCGACCUCUUCUGUCCGACAGCCUGUUUUGCUUGAUCCUUAUCAACCGGUUGCCGCUUCCUCGUCUCGCCUACUUAGUCAAGGUCACAAGGAAGUGAUUCACAAGUUCAGAAGAGAUCUCAGUGGGAUUGGAAUUGAGUUGCCUCUAUGGAUAGCAUGA